CGUCUGACAGUUGGAGAGCGAGCCUUAAGUGCGAUGACGACAGCCCAUGCCAGCAUAACUGGCCCCACCAGCUAAGGAAAACGGACCUUCUUUCGGUGGAGAGAGAAAACCGUACGACUUACACAGUCGGGGGCUCCGUGUGUGUGCGCGCUUGUGUAUGUGAAAAAUUGGUGCUGGUUGAAAAAUCGACAGAUUUUUCCAUCCUUCCUCCUUUGGUUGGAUGUGCUAAUUCCAUACUGUUGGACUCAGUUUCGAAAAUUGUGCUCAUCCCGGCGAAAACAAGUGUCCACGCUGAAGAAGCGUCCGCGCGUUCGCGAGGGAGUGAUCCUGUGUCCGAAUCCUGCCCGGGUCUCGUCCGGUGCCCAACCAAAGCAGGAUGGCCGACGCGGAUUUCGAAGAAUUUCGCCAGAACUUGGAUAAACUUCCUUCGUACAGCAAGACUCCAGCCCCCUUCUAUUCGCUCGUUCCGGAUGUGGACCUAGACGAGGAUACUCCAUCGUCGAAAAGCAGCGAUGGCUCGGACCACGAGGAUCUCAUCAGCGAGGCGGAUUCGGUGCUCAAGACGACCCCCAGCAAGACACAGCAAAUCAUCCAGACCAUCUCGACCAUCAGCACCAGUAGCAGCAGUAGCGUCGCCGAGGAUGACGAAAUCGGCGAUGGGCUCAAGACCAUCACAACCAUCAAAUCGCAGAUGAAAACGGAUUCGCACGUGCACGAAAAUGUUCAGGAUAAUCAGCCACUAUCGAUGCAGUUGGCUCUGUGUAACACGACUUCGGCUCAACUGGCUCGGACCAGUUCACUACCGUGGAUUCCCGGACAGGUCGAGAGACGGCGGCGCAAGCUACCAGAGAUUCCCAAGAAUAGAAAAUCUUCCGUACUGCAGCUACUGUCCUCCGGACAAACAUCGCUGGCCGAUGAACUGAAUGCCACAUCCAAGAAACCCAACCCCCAGCACACGUUCCUCAAGCAAAACUCUCUGCUGGCCCUAAAGUGCAGCUACCUGCUAGACGAAGACUCCAGUCCGGAUUCGGAACGACUCCAGAGCCUAGGGGACGUGGACAGUGGCCACAGCACGGCACACUCGCCCAAUGACUUCAAGAGCAUGUCCCCACAGGCUCCGCAGGCAGCUUCCCCCGUCACUUCGCCCUUCCCGCCGCCCUACGGUGGCGUUCCCUUCAGCCAGCUGGAGAUGCUGGAAGCGACCCACCGAGGGCUGCACAAAUUCAUCCCGCGACACCACGACGAGAUCGAGAUCGAAAUAGGCGAUCCCAUCUACGUCCAGAAGGAGGCGGAAGAUUUGUGGUGCGAAGGGGUCAACCUGCGAACCGGUCGGCAGGGCAUCUUUCCAUCGGCCUACGCCGUCGACCUGGACUACAAUGACUUCGAUCCGUCGACGGUGGAGAUGAAACGGGAGCGCUAUCUGCUGGGAUAUCUGGGCUCGGUGGAAACGUUGGCUCACAAGGGCACCGGGGUGGUCUGCCAGGCUGUGCGGAAGAUCGUCGGCGAUGGAAGCGAGUCACCGAAGGCACAAGCUUGCAUACUGGAGAUCUCGGAUCAGGGCUUGCGAAUGGUGGAUCGGUCGAGGAACAAACGAGACAAACGGCCAUGCAUCGACUAUUUCUAUUCACUGAAGAACGUGUCGUUUUGUGCAUUUCAUCCUCGGGACCACCGAUAUAUUGGGUUCAUUACGAAACACCCGACGGUGCAACGUUUCGCUUGUCACGUGUUCCAGGGAACGGAAUCGACGAGGCCGGUUGCCGAGGCUGUUGGGAGGGCAUUUCAACGGUUCUAUCAGAAAUUCAUAGAAACUGCAUAUCCAAUCGAGGACAUCUACAUAGAGUAAAUCAGCGGCAGGAUAACCGAAGUCUGGCAGCGAGAAAAGUUACACACAAGAGUACCAUUGAACCAAAGAGUAUUGUAAUCUCAUUCGUGCAUAAAAAGAAGAAAAGUAAUUUUUGGCGUAUAUACCUAGUUUCCUUUUGAAAAUGGAGCAUUUAACGAGUAAAGAAAAAGGCAGAGCAUAGAAUUCAAAGAAAAUACGCGCUUGGCGCUACUCACGUUUAUAGAAAACUUUCCAAUCUUUCUCUCUUCGCUAUCAAUCAUUUCUGAGGUUUAUCAAUCUACAAGGGAACGAGAUUUACGAGUUCGAUCAUUUAGAAGGAAAGAGAGCAAAAGAUUCUUCCAUGAAUAAAAGUUGUUCGAUUGAAUCAUACAAUUAAUUAUCACAACUCAUCAAAAUCAAUAGGGAUAGUUGCGUACUAGCACUCUUCAUUUUCUGCAAUCAUUGUGCCAUUGUCGAUCAACUUUCAUUAUCAAUCUAUUUAUUAGUGGUGCUAGAAUGGUGUAGUACUAAAAACAAUGCUCAUUUUUUAACUUCAUCACUACCAAAAAGAGAAUUAUUUCCUCGAAGGCAGAAGCGAUCCAACAAUAUUGCACGCAAUCCUUGUGUAUUCUCAAACAAUAGCUGAUUGGGAGCAUAUAGCUGUUUCUGUACAUACUAGACUAAAUUUGUAAAGGCGAAAGAGGUAUUUUUAUGAAAUGCAAGAGACACAAACAGAUGCAUGCUGAAAAGUUUCCCAGGGUCUUUCUAGGACCAAAACUAAAGGAAAACGGUCGGCCGGGUCUUUGACGCUGUGUGCAAUCCACCUCUAUGUAAUCAAACAUUAGCAUUCCAAGGGGAAAACGUUGGAGCAGGAAGAUUUGUAAAACGAAUAAAAAGGCAUUUAUUUUCUACUGGCAAUUUGUGUUUUGAAUACGCUUUGCAACGCACUUUUUGGUUAUCUAAUUGCUGUUGGCCUUCGAGUUCUGUGGUGCCGCAAAUGCAAGUGCUUGCGAGUUAGAUUUAGAUUAGGAUUCGAGAGAGUUGCAUGUUUGAAAUAGAACGAGUAAUUAGCAAGAACGGAACGAAUUGGAAGUGCGAGAUGGAAGCAUUGAAGCGUUUGUGUAUAGUAAAAUCAUAAAUAUUUCAUGAUAUUCCGAAACAAAAAUGUUAUCGUCAUAUUUAAUCCAAACAGAAACCUGCAAAGUUAGGCAACGGUAUUUAAAAACAAAUCAUGCAAGAUCAUUCUGGAAAUUGAAAUUAUGAAAACAAUACUCAAAACUGUUAUGUAUAGAAAAACAGCUUUAUAAUUUGUAUUCAGACAUGAAAAACAUCAAACAUAAAAUAUUAAAAAAUAAGUAUUACAUAAUCAGUGAAGAGUUAUAUGAUUUGAGUACUCAAUGUUGACAGAAAAAGAUCAAUCAAUACAUCAUAUUAUGAACAAAUCCAGAACAAUGAAAUAAUCGAUUUUCACCUACAAUAAACUUACAUUCUCACCAGAAACAAAAUUGCUACUUCACUGCAUAACAAUAUUUCAAACAGUUGACACAGAACACACAAAACAAAAGCAACUUGAAUAGUUCUCUUUUUCGAACAACAAUAAUAACAAACCCAUACAUUCCUGCAAAAAUGAAGAAAAAAAGAAAUACCAGCCUCAGAUGGCAGGUAUGGGAACGUAGAAAAAUCCUCUGAUGCAAUAAAAGGGUAGCUACAAACCAACAUAUAUCUCCAACAACAACAACAACAGUAGCGCAGGAACACCAGCAGCCCCAAUAAAGACCAGUACUACUGAGAAAUAAAACUACAUUUGAAAAUGAA